AUGAGGUGGUUUGCAGCAAAUUCAGUAUACGAGUCAGUGAGACCUGCGUACUUGGCAGGAAAAGCUUUGGGAAUUUUCACCCACACCAUUGACUUUCAGCAAUAUGAGCUAAGUAAAAGUGCUAUAGAUCAGUUUGUGCUUGUGGUGGCCCUGCUGAUUGACGUGUACGCGCUUACAAUAACAAGCAGAACUACGUUCAGCUUUUCCGAGUCGAUUCUUCUUAAUGUCGGAAUCUACAGUUCCGUAAAUUUGGGCAUUAUCAUCUCGCUAUGCAUAACGAUUUGCAAUCGGCUCGUCGGGCGUCGGAUGUUUCACAUUUUUAAAACACUCAACCAGGUGGACAUUAUUCUGGCCGGUUAUGGUUACCAUAUGGACCAUCAAUUCAAUCAUUUUAUCAGUUGCUUUUUCAUCAUCACUCCGGUAGUUAUAAACAUGCUAAUGAUGGUGUCCACAUUCUUCAUUUCCGAUGAUCAAACAACGCAACAGUUUACCGCACCGGAAAUCGUAGCGUUUCUUCGCACGUCGUUAGUAGUCAUGAUUUUUGGAUCGUACACGUGUUUGACCGUUACCUUGAUUUAUAUGCGCUUUCGGGGCUUGAAUCAAGUAAUAUGUAAAGAGUUUCCAACCUCACUAGCGGACGAGGUUCAUAAACCAAACAAACGAGAAGUGAAAGAUGUUCUUGACACUGUGCGUUGUUUCGGAGAUGUACAUGAGAGGCUGACUGAAGCCAUAACCGACUUUAACUAUUGUUUUGCACUUCAAAUACUGCUAAUGAUGGCGUCUGCCUUUGGUUACACGCUAUUUUCCAUCUUCGGUAUAAUUCAUACCUUAUCUCAUCCGGAAGUGGAUACAUCGCACAAAGUGUCUAUGAACAACAUGAUCUACGGUUGUAUCUACUUGUCAUUCAUCAUCCAAGUGGUUGCAGUUGGAAGUUUAGCAACGCAACAGUGCAAAAAAACUGCAAUAUUCGUUCACAAAGUUGUAUGUUAUGGGCGCUACGAGCUGUCCGUACUUAGACAAUUGAAGUUCCUUUCGCAGCAACUGCGAAGCAACGCACCGAAAGUGUCCUGUUUGCUGUAUGAUUUUGAGUGGCCCUUUUUAAUUUCGGUAGCAGCCACACUUCUGAUGCAUGUAAUCAUUCUUGUUCAAUUUGAUUUGUCAACUAUUGCGAAUAAAGUGUAA